AUGGAGUUGUCAGGAUUCGUCGAUCGCCUACGGAGCGGAGCCUCCCCCAAGUUCCCGCAAGAUGCCAAUUCGUUAGAGUUUGCCCGUCAUCUCGACUCUCAGGACAAGCUAAGCCAUCUUCGGGAUGAGUUUGUCAUCCCCACAAAGAGAUCUCUCAAGAAGAAGGCCUUGGAUGGAUCGAUUCCUUCCCAUGGUGCCUCUUCCAAUGGCACUAACGGUACCAACGGUCACAGCAAUGGCCACAAUGGAUCAAAGGACGACUCUGAGCAGUGCCUCUACUUUGUUGGCAACUCCCUUGGUGCUCAACCCAAGGCUGUCCGAGAGUAUCUCAACGCUCAGCUGGAGACAUGGGCAUCCAUCGGUGUCAACGGCCACUUUAGCGCAAUGGGCAACUCCCCCUUGACGCCUUGGCAAGACAUGGCUGAGGACUGCGCCAUCAAGUCUGCCGAUAUUGUCGGAGCUUCUCCCAGUGAGAUUGUCAUCAUGAACACCUUGACAGCCAACCUGCACUUUUUGAUGGCCAGCUUCUACAAGCCCAAUGAGAAGCGCCACAAGAUAAUUCUCGAGUGGAAGCCUUUCCCAAGUGACCACUACGCUAUUGAGAGUCAGGUUGUCUGGCAUGGACUGGACCCUGAGAAGAGCAUGGUCAAGAUCCACCCCAACGAUGACUUUAUCAUCACAACGGAUUUGAUCCUGGCUACUAUUGACGAGCACGCCGAGGAGACUGCUCUGCUUCUUCUUCCUGGUAUUCAAUACUACUCUGGCCAACUUUUCGACAUCCCCCGAAUCACCGCCUACGCCCAAGAAAGGGGAAUCGUCGUGGGCUGGGACCUGGCCCACGCCGCCGGAAACGUCGAGCUUAAGCUGCACGACUGGAACGUUGACUUUGCCUGCUGGUGCACAUACAAGUACAUCAACGCCGGCCCUGGUUCCAUCGCCGGAGCCUACGUCCACGAGAAGCACGGCAAGGUCGAGUUCAAGGACGACUCUGGCAAGCCCACGUAUCGACCCCGUCUCAUGGGCUGGUAUGGUGGAGACAAGAGCGUCCGAUUCAACAUGGACAACAAGUUUGUGCCCACUGUCGGUGCAGGAGGAUACCAGCUUUCCAACCCUUCCGCUAUUGAUCUGGCCAGCUUGUCUGGCGCCCUCUCCGUCUUCAACAAGACAAAGAUGCAUGAUAUUCGAUCAAAGGCUCUCGUCCUGACUGCCUACGCCGAGCAUCUGCUCGACCAGAUCAUCUCCGAGUCAUCCGACGAGACACCCCUCUUCCGCAUCAUCACGCCCCGUGAUCCCGCACAAAGGGGAACCCAACUGAGCGUUCUUCUCAGGGAAGGUCUGAUGGAGAGAGUGAGCGAGGCUCUGGAGGAGAACGGAGUCAUCUGCGAUAAGCGAAAGCCCGAUGUCAUCAGAGUUGCUCCUGUGCCUCUAUACACGAGGUUUGAGGAUGUGUGGAAGUUUAUGCAGGUGCUGAGGGGGGCACUGAGCCAAUGA